AUGUCAGAGAUUGAGGAAACUCUAAAAAGGAUCCAGUCUCAUAAGGGAGUGGUUGGAACUAUAGUUGUAAAUGCUCAAGGGAUACCAAUUCGGACAACACUAGACAACUCCACCACACUCCAAUAUACUGCACUUUUGCGUCAGAUCACAAUACUGGCUAGAGGCACGGUGAGAGAUAUUGACCCACAGAAUGACCUUACCUUUUUACGGAUGAGGUCUAAGAAGCAUGAAGUCAUGGUGGGAGUGGACAAGGAUUUUUUGUUUGUAGUGGUUCAAGCUCCAAGUGAAUAA